AUGCGAGCCAAAAUAUUCAUUACAGAAAUCAAUUUUUGUAUAGAAACAAAAGAUCAAAAUAAGAACCAAAAAAGCGAGUUUCGGGAUUAUUUCUUCAUAAAUUCUGGAUUCGAAAAGCUCGAUUUUAGAGCGCUAAAGCAUGUGGAACGCGCGAAACGGCGACUUCCGCGAGACCUCGAUCAUGAUAAAGCUGACAAGGCGAGAGCAAGGAUUGAAGACAUUCUUCUUCAAAUUUACAAGGCUCAGGGAAACAACACAGAAGUGGUGAAAAUUCUGGAUAAACAAAGAAAAAGACAGAGCGAUUUUGAUGAAGUAGUAAAACUUUGGUUGGAAAGAGCUGAAUUCGUGGACGAUAAAAUUGGCGAUUUGCAAGAAGCGCUAGAAUAUGCCCAAAAGUAUUCGUUGCGAGUUCCGACAGCCGAUUGUUUUUUCGCAUUCGCCAAGCACCACGUGACCGUUGAGAAGGACUUCCAAAAGGGGCUCAAAUACGGAUACGACGCGAGUCAAAUUUACGAGGAAGUUUUGGGAGAGAGGAGCAAAAAGACGAUUUCAGUAAAAGUGGCCUUGGCGAAAGCACACCUUCUAAAUGACGAAAAAUCGACCGCCCUGUCUAUGCUGUUGAAAAGCCAGAAGAAUAUUGAAUUUGCAUUUGGGAUCGUAAGCGACGAAGCGGCGGAGAAUUUCGAGCUCGUCGGCAGCAUUCAUCUGCACAAUGGACAUCCGGAUAAGGCGCUCAAGUCGUUUAAUCAAGCUAUUGAGAUCUUUUCCGUCCUGAAUCCAAAGCAUUCCAGAUUGCCAAGACUCCGAGAGCUAGUGAAAUCAUUACGUAAUCAUCCAGACUUCCAAGCCGACGAUCCUCAAAACACCACGAAAAAUCGCCAAAGCUUCAAAAACUACUGA